CGAUUCUAUUAAGAACGUCAUCUCUGUUCCAUACAGUCAAGAAAACACUCCCAAUACGAUUGUGUAUCGGGAUAGCAGUGGUAGCUUCAGUACUGGGACAAUCGACAUGAGUGGAAACGUAAUACAAUCACUAGGCACUCCAUCGGAGUCUGAUGAUGCAGCAACCAAAGGUUACGUUGAUACUGCAGUUGCUGAUGCUGAUUACUUGCCUUUGGCUGGAGGAACUAUGAGUGGUGCGCUUCUUGUACCCGAUGGCAGUGCUUCCACACCAGCAGUGGCGUUUGCAGGUGACACUGACACUGGCAUCUACUCCGCAUCUUCAGGAGAGAUCUCGUUUUCAUCUGGUGGUACACAGUGCGCGUAUUUUAAUGCAUUGGGUAUCCGCACCAGUGUUGAUGUAGCUGCUCAAGAUGACAACACUGGACUGUACAGAUUCGGAGCCAAUCAACUCGGUGUCAGUGCAGACUCAACCACUGUAGCAAUCUUCACAACAACUGCAUUGAAUGUGGCUACUGGGUUGAAUGUCGCGGGCUUCACAUCACUUGGAACUGGUAAUACCGGCAUCAAAGUUGCUGUCUUCACUGGUACAACUGCUUCUGGUAGUGGUGGGACUGUAGCACAAAACAUCACAAUUGAUAGAAACAAGAUUGUGAGUAUGACUGGAACCAUCUUCGCGUCCAAUAGCAAAACCAUCGCAUUCAACACUGGCUCGGGUCAGUAUUACGUGUAUGCUGAUGUGAGUGGCGCAUCGUCCCCUUGGGUAUUAACCGUGACGAAUGGUGCCAGUGCCACGAGUGCUUAUAGUGUUCCGUUCAGUAUCUUAAUCACUUACGUUGCUUAA